GCCUUUCUCUUCUCACUCUUUCAAAUAAUCAAAUCUCUCUCACUCUUAUUUAUUAAUCUUUUCCACUCCAGCAAAUUCUACUAUUUUAAGGUAUUUUCAUUCAAUUUUUUGCUGCUCUUUUUUCUAUAUUUCAUUAAACCUAAUUAAUUACACUCUGUUUUUGAGACCUCUAUAUAAAGCUUCUUUUUGUACAAACCUGUUUGCAAUGUCUCUCAUAAUGAACUCAAGCAAAUCACCCCUUGUUUUGUGUCCUCCAUUGAUGGACAAAAAAAAUGAUGACAAGGGUUUCAUUAUUUUCGAUACCUCUACUUUGAAAAAGCAAUCAAAUAUUCCAACGGAGUUCAUUUGGCCAAACGGCGACUUGAUCAAUACCCAACAAGAGCUCAACGAGCCCUUGAUAGACUUGGAAGGAUUCAUGAAGGGUGAUGAAAGGGCAACAGCUGAAGCCAUCGAGCUUGUGAGAAAAGCUUGUUUGGAGCAUGGUUUCUUUCAAGUGAUCAACCAUGGCGUCGAUGCAAGUCUCAUAAAUGCAGCCUAUGAAGAAAUUGAUUCUAUUUUCAACCUUCCUCUUGACAAGAAACUCAACAUUCCAAGAAAGCCAGGCCAAGUUUUUGGAUACUCUGGUGCUCAUGCUGAUCGUUUCUCAUCCAAGUUGCCUUGGAAAGAAACGUUUUCUGUUGGGUACCCUUACUGCGAGAAUAACUCCAACCCUGUUGUUCUUGACUACUUCAAAUCUGUUUUAGGAGAAGAUUUUGAACGCACAGGGUGGGUUUAUCAGAGGUAUUGUGAAGCAAUGAAGAAAUUAUCUAAUGUGAUUUUUGAGCUCUUGGCGAUUAGCUUGGGAAUAGAUCAAUUGCACUAUAAGAAAUUUUUUGAAGAUGGGUACUCAAUCAUGAGGUGUAACUAUUAUCCUCCUUGCAAUAAUUCAAGCCUCACUAUGGGAACUGGCCCUCAUAGUGACCCAACUGCCUUAACAAUUCUUCAUCAAGAUCAAGUUGGUGGCCUUGAAGUUUUUGUAAAUGACAAGUGGCAAACAGUCCGACCUCGACAAGAUGCCCUAGUCAUAAAUCUCGGCGAUACAUUCAUGGCAUUAUCAAAUGGAAAAUACAAGAGCUGCCUGCACAGAGCAGUGGUGCACAGUGACAAAGAGAGAAGAUCAAUGGUGUUUUUUGUGUGUCCAAAAGAUGACAAAAAGGUGAGACCCCCACAAGAUCUUGUUAACAAAGAAGGGUCAAGGAUUUACCCAGAUUUCACAUGGUCAGAUUUGAUGGGGUUCACGUUGAAGCACUAUAGACCUGAUGCGGCUACUCUCCCUGCCUUUGUCCAGUGGUUUAUAUCUUCCAAAUCAUCUAACUUCUAGAGUUGUUUGGGAUGAAAAAUUUGUAACUGGGUUCUGAAUUUAUGUUACAAGCUGGCUAUCUCUUUUCUAAUUUCUAUGUCUCUAGCUUGCUUUAUGAAUGUAAUUUAGGCCUGUAGGUAAUGUUAUGUAACUCUUAUGUAUGUUGUGAGUGAUUUCUAUGAGCUUUUACCCAGUGUUCUAGAGUGACAAAUAAAUUUUUCACCCAGUUAUUUAGAGAGAAAUAAAUUAUGUUUAUGUUG